AUGGCAGCCACCAUCACGGAAGUGACCAGGAAUACGGCAAAACAUCUUCUGCACCUGAUCUCGCAGACCGGCGGGAACCUGCAGAUGAUGGAGGUGACGGAUCACUUUGACCUCAUUAGAGAACUUGGAAAGGGCUCCUAUGGGAAGGUCUUCCUGGCCAAACACAGACAUUCAGGUCAGACUGUGGCCAUAAAGAUGCUGAGAAAGGAGAAGACCUCACUGGACAGCUUUCUCGUGGAAUACAGCACCUCACUCAGUCUCAGCUGUCACCCACACAUCAUCAUGACCCACGAGAUCACAUUUCAUACUAGCAGCGACUUUGUGUUUGUCCAGGAGAUGGCACCAGCUGGGACUCUCCAGUCCAUCAUCAAACCCAAGGUUGGACUACAGGAGGAGAUGGUUAAAUGCUGUGUUGUUCAGAUUGCCAGCGCUUUGGACUUUAUGCACAGCCGAGGGAUGGUCCAUAGGGACAUCAAGCUGGACAACAUUCUCCUGAUGGACACUGAGUGCCAUGUAAUAAAACUGUCAGACUUUGGACUUGCCCGUCUUCAGUGCACAUAUACAUCUUCUAUAUCCUGGUUCAUACCAUACACAGCACCAGAGCUUUGCAGCCUAAGACACGGAGAGCAGCUGUUACUACACCCCAGCCUUGAUGUUUGGGCUUUUGGUGUCCUAGUGUACACUGCCCUCACUGGGCUCUUCCCUUGGCAAGGAGCAGUGGCUACUGAUCAAAUGUACAGGGACUUUGCAUGGUGGCAAGUGAAGAAGGAUGAUUCACAAGCCCCAAAGAAGUGGAAGAAGUUCUCUAUUGAAGCUAGACAGAUGUUCUCAGAGUUGUUAGCCCUAAAUGCAUCUGAGAGAUGUUCUGCGAUGGACAUUAUGAAAUAUAUUCACUUUAUCUGGAAAACAAGUAUUCCACCAGGAGACAUCAGGAAAAAAACAGAUACUACAGGUGAUAGAAGAGAAUGUUGCAGCCACAUGAGAGUCACACACCUAGACAUAAAGGAAGACCAGGUGGCAAAGUGGCAUCCUACUUUCUCCAUGCUGCACCUUCUAAGACAAGGCAUGUCAUGCCACCAAAGACAGCCUGCAAAGGUCAACCAUGUCACAAGAGAUAACCCCACUCCAGAACUGCUAAAUCACACUGGAGAACAUUCCUUGUUUGUGAAUUCCUCCUUUUACCUUGGAACACUGUCAGGUCACUGGUCUUCACGUCUGUGA